AGCAUCCAUCUGCCGUUACAGUCAUCCACCACAUCCAUUCUCCACCAAUGUGCCAUUUUACCCACUCGUCUCCGUCACUCAGCACAAGUGAAGACCAUGCUAGUGUCUCCUCAGGCAGAGAGGAACUGGGAGGGUCUUUGUUCAGUGCUUGAAGAUGUUUUGGAACCACAGUCACACAGGCAGUUGUUUGCCUUAGAGCUGGGCUCUGGAACUGGGCAGCAUGUCAUACGGUUUGCCCAGAAGAUGCCCUUUGUCACCUGGCAGCCGUCAGACAUCAAAGAGGAGUCUCGGGACAGCAUCAAGGCAUAUAUUGCUGCAACCCAUGCAAAAACUGUGCUGCAGCCUAUCCACUUGGACGCCAAUGAACCGUGGGAGAAAUGGGCAGGCCUUUCUCAAAACUCCUGUGAUGUUAUUAUUGCCAUUAACCUACUGCAGUACAGCUCCUUCCAGACAGCACAGGGUGUUUUCAGUGGAGCAGGUCAGAUCAUCAAACAAAAUGGCCUUUUGAUAACAUAUGGGGUGUAUGCUAGUAAUGGAAUUAUUACACCAAGUUGUAACGAGCUGCUGGAUGAAGAGCUUCGGAAAAUAAACCCAGAGUGGGGUCUUCCAGACCUUGAUGUGCUCAGACAGCUGGCCUACAGUAAUGGGAUGCGUAUGGAGAGAAUGAUUGACAUGGAAGAAUGCUACAAAUGCCUCAUCUUCAGAAAACUUUAAAGACGCCAAACUACACAAAGGAGAUUAACAAACCCCUUUUCCCCCCAAUAUGCACGUAUAAUUCUAAGUUAUGUAUAAUUCUGCCAUAUCAGUAUUUUGUCAUGUUUAAGCCUUCACAAUUGUAGGAGACACUUUAAACCCCUCUGAUUUACACAAUGUAUUAAUGUACAAGAAUAACAUUUUCAAAUCAUCACCAUUCUUCUUAAACCAAGUGGAGGUUAUAAAACACAAGCUAAAGCACAUGGACAAUAAGAUCCAGAUAUUUAUUAAAUAUAAUUUUAAAAUUACUUUAAAGUCAGACAGAUCAGUAUGAUGGAAUAAAGAAGUUCACAGAUGGUAACUGAAGAAAUUACAGAAAUCACUGAUUGGGUGUGUGACACAUACAUGCAGCACAUCUUGUUCACUCUGUAAGCAUUUCCACAUUUCUGAAUAGUUGAGUACACUUCAGAAAGAGGGCCAUCUUGUACUUAAUGUGUAGCUAUCUAUAUAUGUAACAUUUUCAACCAAAUGGAUGUGAACCAAAUGGGACACUUGCAGGCAGUCUGUAGUUAAAUGCAGGUUAAGGUCAUAUGCUUCUGUCAGUCUUGUGAUGGUACUUUAUGUUUGGCAACAGAAGUUACUUUAUUAAAAUGGAUGCAGGAUACUAGUAGAAUUGCUGAACUGCUUUUAGUAUGUAUAGUUUACUUAAACUAAUGAUUUAA